AUGGCAAACCACACCAUGAAGGAUGCUCGCAGCAUUCAUGGCACCAACCCUCAGUAUCUGCUGGAGAAGAUCAUUCGAAUGCGAAUCUAUGAGUCCAGGUACUGGAAAGAAGAGUGCUUUGGGCUCACAGCUGAACAGGUAGUUGAUAAAGCCACGGAGUUAAGGUUUGUGGGUGGCAUGUCUGGUGGCCACAUCAAACCAGCUCCUUUCCUUUGCUUGACUCUGAAGAUGCUACAACUCCAACCUGAGAAGGAAAUCAUUGUGGAGUUGAUCCAAAAUGAAGACUUCAAGUAUGUCCGCCUGUUGGGUGCACUUUACCUCAGGCUGACAGGCACUGCCCUGGAUUGUUACAAGUACUUGGAGCCUCUGUACAAUGACUACAGAAAAAUCAAGAGGCAGAACCCUAAUGGGGAGUUGGAACUGAUGCAUGUGGACGAGUUUAUUGACGAGUUGCUCCACAGUGAGAGGGUUUGUGAUGUCCUUCUGCCACAUCUCCAGAAACGUUCUUUACUAGAAGAAGCUGAGCAGUUGGAGCCUCGGGUUAGUGCUCUUGAAGACAUGGAUGAUUAGAAGUCCAGUGAAGAGGAAGAACAUGAGAAGUUGGAAAGAGCUCGAUCACCUGAUCACUGCCAGAGAAGCUCCCAAGACUUAGGCCAGCCCACGCAUUGUCCCACACUGUGCUACAAAAGGCGGAGCAGAUCACCUCCUAGAUGGAGUCUCUCUCCCAAGAGGAGUCCCUCCCCUCAACAAACAAGACGUGGCAGCCAGAAUCCAAGGCAUCACCCUAGCAGCUCCCGACAGAGAUGUCUUAGGCCUCUCUCCAUGUUCUUAGGUCAUCAUUGUAUUCACAGACAUAGAAACCACUCAAAGGCUCCUGAAAGAUCCAAGAAAAGCCACAAGAAGCGUGGAAGAUGGAAUGAAUAA